AGAAGUUUCGUGUACAGUGCGUGUCUCCGUGUGUUCAUAAUACACAGUGUCAGACUGGUUUGUCUUGCUCCGUAGACGUCGGAGGACCAGCUGAGUGUGUCCGCAGUGACGAUCAGUGUAAACGGAUGGUGACCUGACAAACAUGCCUGGCACAGGAUUGUGUUGUUCAGACCUGGAGGAACCACAGGCCCUGAUGAAAAUGGGUCUGACCAUGGUCCUCAUUGGUCAUGUCAACUUCCUGUUAGGAGCGCUGGUACAUGGUGUGGUUCUGAGACACAUUAACCUUCAUAAGCAGGCCAGGGCCAUGGAGUACGCUAUCUCUAACGUGGUGGCCCUCACCUCUGGCCUGCUGGGCGUCGUCGUUGGCAUUCUGGCUAUUGUGUUGUCCAAAAACAAAAAGAAAAGAGGCCUGACGUGGUCGCUCUUCACAUUCAGCCUGGCGGCGUCAGUCACGGCGGCGGCUUCAGCCGUCGGCCUCCUUGUAUCGAUGGUGAGGGCCAUCAUUCACGGGGGGAAGAGCCUCCUAACUCACUGCCGCUUCCCCGACGCCAUAGGUUACUCCAGCAUCACCAACGAGUGUCCGUUUGACCCCACGCGUAUCUACAGUACCACCCUGAUCCUGUGGCUGCCCCUGAUCGUGACCUGCGUCACGCAGAUGGUGUUUUCCGCUCAGUGCCUUGCCGUCUGUGUUCGAUUCCUGGGCCUGCCGUGCUGCCCAAGCGGAAGGACACACAAGCGCCAUGGCAGAGCGAUCAGGAGAAUAGAAGCGGCACCCUCUAGGUAUACUGAACAGCCCAGGAGCAACACUGAACCUCCAACACGGAAUACUGAAGCUCCAACACUUAGAGCUGCACCUCCAAGACAACAGCAUCAUCAUCAACAUCAUCAUCAGAAGCAGCAUUAUCAGCAGCAGCAUUAUCAGCAGCAACACCGAGCUCCCCCGCCUUCGCAGAAUCCUCCCCGUCACUACCGUAGUCUUCCCCCUCCAGAGAGACGACCUCUGUACCAGCCGUACGCAGAAAGGUCCAACAGAGAGAGGACAGAAAAGAGACCCAGCGGUCAGCAAACAGCCCCAGAGGAACAUCAGCUGCUGGAGAGAGGAACUCUGGAGAGAAACAGCUUUUGGAUUUAGCCACAUUUGACAGGUCAGAUGAAGGUUGAAAGACUGAGGCUUCAAAGUACUGGACGUUACAGUUUUUAGCCAUCGAGACGGGACUUUACUGUUCAGUAUUUUUUUUUUUUAAACCAUGAAGUGGAACUGAAUUUUUAAUCUGAUUAAUGUAAUUGUUGUGUCUUUUAUACUGUCAGUGCUGUGCUAGGUUAAAUGAUCAACAUUGAAAUCAGAUUACAUUGCGAGUUGUUUACAUAAAAAGUCAUUUUUUACGCACUUCCUGUCUGUAUUGUAUAAGUGAAUGAAUGAGAUAAGAAAACACACACACUGCGGGGAAUUGAAUGAACUCAUUUAGAUCAAAUCUAGAAAAACUACUUUUAAGAGAAACUGUUAACGGCUGAAUCUAUUUAUUUUCAUAAACAAAUAAAGAUUUUAUUUGAAA